UAAACAAACACAAAAGUCCCUCUUGAACAAGUUAUUUCACUCCUGAUUUAGUGAUUUCUACACUUGUUUGCGCUUGCUUCUUGAAACCAUGGGUUCUCGCUUGUUUAUAUUUGGUAUGCUGCUCUUUGCUUGUGUGAUGAGUACUGGGACAACGCCAGUUGUAGCUCGUCGCCUUCUUGAAGAUUCCUUGCCAGAGCAUCCUAAGACGGAAAUGCCAAAGCCAGAAGUUCCUGAACUUCCAAAGCCUACCUUGCCUGAGCUUCCUAAACCCACGGUACCUGAACUCCCAAAGCCUGUCUUGCCCGAGCUUCCUAAACCUACUCUGCCUGAACUUCCAAAACCCACCUUACCAGAGCUCCCUAAACCCACUGCGCAUGAAGCACCCAAGCCAAAACAACCGGAAAUUCCAAAGCCCAAAUUGGAUGAGGCACCAAAGCCUAUCGAGCACGAAUUGCCCAAGCCUACAUUGCCAGAGUUGCCUAAACCUUCUGUUCCUGAAAUGCCAAAACCCACCUUACCUGAGCUCCCUAAACCCACUGAGCAUGAGUUACCCAAGCUAUCAGUACCAGAACUACCAAAACCCAAGUCAGUUGAGAUGCCCAAACCCACUGAGCAUGAAUCACCCAAGCCUACACUGCCACAACAACCUAAACCUGUUGUACCUGAAAUGCCUAAGCCCCAUUUGGAUGAGCUGUUAAAACCCAAGAUGCCGGAAUUGCCAAAACCCACCAUGCCCGAGCUGCCUAAACCUACAAUGCCUGAACUGCCAAAGCCCACAAUGCCUGAGCUACCCAAGCCUGUAGUGCCUGAGCUGCCCAAACCCACUGUGCCUGAACACCCUAAGUCUGCCAUCUCAGGCAACCCUUGAAGAAUAUAGUAGCUUGCAUAUCUUGGGACUACAUGAAUUUAUUGGAUAAUGAUAAAUAAAUGUUGUGUAUUGAUAGUUUCUUUCCUUCCCCUUUUAGGGGGGUGAAGAAAGUUUGAUUCCUUUGAUAUCUUAUAUAUGUUAGUGAUUUUCGUUCUUUUUGAACAUUGUACAUUGUAACAUUUCAACUCUUUGGUCCUAAAUAUUGUACUUCGUAAUUUAUAUGCUUUCAUUUGGAUUAACUUUA